CAUUUCCCCUUCAUUUCUCCACUCUCUCUCUCUCUCUCCCCUUCCUCCUUCCCUCUCUCUCCAAUCAUGUUGGCCAAAGGGCAACGUCCGGUCAUCGGAAGGUUAUCCGAGCUUCUCGUCUCCCGCUGCCGCCCGGCCUUUCUUGACACCGGUGCCCCCAGCCCCACUUCCCAUUUCGACCUCUCCCCUUCUCCUACACCCACCACUCUCAAAAAUUACUCCGCCGCCGUCGGUCUCGGCAUCGUUGCCGCCCUCGAUACCUCCACCUCCGCUGUCCGUGGAUGUGAAAUCUUAGUUAAACACGUUGUUUGUUCUCCCAAAUUGAACUCCCCUCGCCGUCCUGCUCCCAUCCCCAUCACCUUCUCGCCGGAGCAAGACGACGAAGAAGAAGAACUCGACAACUUGGAGGAAAAUUACACUUACGUUACCACACGUGGACCUUUCCAGUCCUCCACACGUGUUUACUACGACGGUGGUCUCGUCGUCAGUGAAAAAUCUCCUCCUACCCCCGUACCAUCCGACAUAACUCCGCCGCGUCGGACCCCUGAUUUCCUCCGAUCUUGUCAUUUAUGUGAUAGAAAUCUAGAAGGCAAAGACAUUUACAUGUACAGAGGGGAAAUGGCGUUUUGUAGUACGGAAUGCCGGUCGAGUCAAAUAAUGAAGGAUGAGAAGAAGGAACGAUGUAGAUCGGAGGCGAGAUCGGGAACGGAAACGGUAGUAUCGGAAUCGCCUUAUAACAGAGGGAUUUUUUCGACUGGAAUUCUUGCAAUUUAGGUAAAAGAAAGAAAAUAAAAAAUAAUAAUAAUAAAAAAAAAGAAAUAGAGGAAGAGGAAGAGGAAGAAGAAGAAGAAGGCAAACGCCAUAGCAGCAGCAAAGUAUAUAGAAAAGUUAGACACGGCUAAUAGUUUGGUUUUUGAUUAUUGUAUACGUAAAUGACUAGUGGGGGUGACCAUUAUUUUUUGCCCACUUUCUUGUUUAUGAGAAAAUAAUUAAAAUAGAGCAAAGGCUAAAUUUUUUUUGGA